UCCACACGCUUAUGGGUCGAGGGUUUUAAUUGAGGUCAAGCAUCACAGCGUCGUGCUUUCAGUCGCCUGCGAGCGCUGCUUCCAAUGUUUACUUCUCUGGCAUGUCUUCUCCAGCCAGGGGGAAGUAAAGCUGAACAACACAGGAGACGUUUCUCUCGUUUGUUUUAUUUUAUUUUUUAGAAAAAACCGUAGUAGAGGGACCCUUCCCCCCGACAUCUGUAACGGAAUAUGCACCAGCUAGUUUGAACUGUUAUUCCCUGGUGAGGCUUUUGUCGACAACUGCGGCUCCUCUUCGGCUCCAUGAUGGCGAUGUUUCGGAGCUUUGUGUCGGCGAGCACCCAGUUCCGUCAGCAGCAGCAGCAGCAGCAGUCCAGCAGCGGCCCCGGCCCGCUAGCAGCCCCCCCUGAGGGCGUAGAGAGCCAGUUCUCCUGUCCCAUCUGCUUAGAGGUUUACCACAAACCCGUCAGCAUCGCCAGCUGCGGACACACGUUCUGUGGGGAAUGUCUGCAGCCAUGUCUUCAGGUGGCCUCGCCCCUCUGCCCUCUUUGUCGUGUGCCCUUUGACCCCAAAAAAGUGGAGCGCUCCUCCAAUGUGGAGAAACAGUUGGCCUCCUACAAAGCCCCCUGCAGAGGCUGCAGCAAAAAGGUGUCUCUGGUGAAGAUGAGGUCCCACAUUUCCUCGUGUUCCAAAGUACAAGAGCAGAUAGCCAACUGUCCCAAGUUUGUCCCUGUGGUCCCCACAUCCCAACCUAUACCAAGCAAUAUUCCAAACCGGUCGACGUUUGUAUGUCCGUUCUGUGGGGCCAGAAACUUGGACCAGCAGGAACUCGUGAAGCACUGUAUGGAAAACCACCGCAAUGAUCCCAACAAAGUGGUGUGCCCGGUGUGUUCAGCCAUGCCAUGGGGAGACCCCACCUACAAAAGCUCCAACUUUCUGCAGCAUCUUCUUCACAGACAUAAGUUCUCAUACGACACCUUUGUUGAUUACAGCAUUGAUGAAGAGGCAGCGCUUCAGGCAGCUCUGGCACUGUCACUGGCUGAAAACUGACAUCGGACCCCGCUCUGUCCUCUCCACUCCUCUGCUGUUCUUCCACGGGUCAGAACCUCUCAGACGUCACAUGGAGGCACCUGACUCGACUGUAUGAUAAAACUGCAGCCAACUUUAAAUAAUAACCUCACUUCUUUCUCCUGGUGUAGCAGAGCACUUUCAUUUUAUUCCAAAACAAAAGCAGCGUGACCAAUCCUCACUGCGCCGUAUGGAUUUAACGGUUUUGAGGGCAGGUUGGACCGUAGGUCCGGAGUGGAUCCAAUUCCCACCCGGGAAAAACUCACACACCUUGACCGUUGCAAGCCCCCUCAUCUACGGUUUGGAAGCAGUUCAUCAGAUCCCGUUUGGGCCUCUGCAGCAUGAAGGGCUACCUCCUGGGAAAAACCUGCUGCUGACUCUUAAGGCCUCCUCUGUGGUCCGGCUCCCGGACCAGAUGCACCGAUCCACGAAGGUAGACACUGUGAGUAAGCUGGCCUCGGUUUCUGCUCCUGCACUGAUCUGGACGGAACCUUUGGCUACCCAUCAGCAAGAUCUAACAAGCAUCUGCACAAAUCCAUGCAUCUCCUCAAAGACAAAACCCUGGAGGUGAUUCUUCAGCAGCAUUGUCAGGCUGCAGUGGAUCAUUCACACAAAAACGGGACUUUUUAUGUGGCUCGGAAGUGAGAUUAUUUCAUUAGACUUGCUUUUUAUCCCAUCCAUGUUGCUGUUCACAACAUGUUUUAUGGUUAUGAUCAGUGAUCAGUGCACCCACCACCCCUGACUGACCUGAUAGUAGUUUUACCGUUUUGAUUAUGAGGCAGACGCCUGGCAGAAAGUUACACAUUUCUUUUCUUUUUGCUUUUUUUGUCCCAAUUAAAAGUUUCAGAUCAUUAUAAAAAUAUGUUGGACAUCAAUAAUCUGAGUAAAUUUGAGAAGCUAUUUGAAAUGUUGAUUUCAAUCCUAAAGGACAGAAGUUCCUUUAGGAUUGAACCUGGACCCAUGUGGAGAAGUAAUGACUCCAGCAUACUGGGUUUUAUUUAGUACUUACAAUACAGUCACAUGAAAGACUAAAAAAGGUACAAAAAGUCCCAAAGUGCAUCAAAAAAAAAAAACAUCUAAGUCAAUAACAUCAAAAAAUUGUCAGAAACAAAUUUUGUAAAGGAUUUAAAGGUAGUUUCAGAUUAAGUAAUCCCGAGUUAGCUGGCACAGUGUUCUGUAAUCUAAGGGGAUUUAAUAGCCAACAAGGAUCACAACGUCCAGCCCGGGAAGAGUCACAGGUUAAACACGGUUUAGAAAUCCAGACAGGAUUGAAGUGGUUGUCCCACAUACAGAAAGAUCCCAGUCAUUUAUAUGUGAGAUUGUACAGAUACAAACUCCAAUCAGGUGUCAAUCCCAUGUGUGUUUAAAAACCAAUUCACUUUAAGAACCUCUAAAAUAGAACAUUAUAUUGUCUACAUUAGGGUAAUGACUGCGUCCUGCUUUACGCACAGUGCCAUCAGGUUCUCUCCAUAGUAUCCAACAUUUUUGGCGCAAACAAUUCAAUUUCCCACAACAAGAGCGCCCCCUGGAGUCCGAAUGCCAACAGGAACGUUGAGGCUUGCCAAGCAGCAGUGACUUCAAAUAUCCAAUGUGGCUGCUGGGGGAUGUAGUGAUGCCGAGCCGGCCAAUGAAAAUCCUUCAUUUGCACCUUCUACAGGUUAUGCCUGUAAGAAGUGCAUCCUAACUUCUGUGCAACCUCUAUUUAUGAACAUGUUACUUUAGUUUUUUUUUUUUAUAUACAUUUGGUCACAAAGCUAAUGGUAGUUGGCACUAAAAAUAAACAGCAAAUCUUGCUGUUUUGUUGAAUUGUAACAGGUGCGGCAUCAUUCCCAACUUGUGUCCUGGGAUAAGUUUCUGCAGGACACACGGCUCCAAUUCACCUCUAAUUAUCUUGAAAUAUUUUAUGUAAAUUAUCCAAAAACAGUCCGAACAUAGUGACAGAUUAGAUUUAGUGACAGUCCCAUCUCAUCCCAAAUGUGACACCAAACAGUCUGAUAUGAAUUUUAAUGCCAUUCAGUUGGUCAGGUGUUGUUGCUAACGCCUGACUGACACAGGUCUAUUGGCAAAGAGCCAUUCCUCGUGGAAUAAUAUUACUAAAAGGUAUUGAACAAGCAUGUGGAGUUGGCAGAAAUGAACAACUCUCCUUUAACAGGAGGAAACCAGAACCAGACCCAAUAAGAUCAUCUCUGGAAACCUGCUGGGGGUUAGAGAAGAUAUAGAAAAUACAGAAAAACAGCACUUUUCCAGUCUGAAUAUGUACAGAUGUCAGCUGUUGUCUGUCAGAACAGACAGUUUUGCUAUACUUAACAAACUUCAUACAUCAGUUUCAUACACAGCUACAGUUUAACCAGUAGAUGUCAGUCUUUUCCCAGCCAUACAUAUUCUGUACUGAAUAUGAGCUACACAUAGGUCUUGUAAAUCCAAAUCCGCACAAUAACCUGAUGUGGAUAAGUUAAAAGAUGGACAGAUGGGUGCUACUUGUAUUCUAAAUAUUUCAGUUUUCUUAUUUUGGUCACAUUAAUAUGUACCUUUGUGGAGUUGGUUGUCACCUGCAGGCUGGAUGUUUGUAAAGCUGCUGCUGAGGGUUGUGGAGCCUCUAGACUUUGGAGAAAAUAUUUGUUGUUUUGUUUUUGUUGUUUUACUUCAUGUGGGUGAUGAUUGAUUGAUAUGUGUCAUUAUGACAAAAGUUGGACAACCAAUUCAGAAAUCUGCCAAUAAUUAACAGUUGACCAAGAAAGGGCAUUACGUUUGAUAUAGAAACGUCCUUCACAUUCUAAGCAAUACCACUUUGCUGUUAUGUAGAGACAGAAGAAAAAUUAGUGUCUCAAGAAUCUGAGCUCUUUUGGACUUUUCAUUGUCACUGUUUGUUUUAUGUUCUGGGAAUAAUCCUCCAGACUGAUAUUUUUCCUGAAACUGUUCUUUUUUUGUUGUUUGUUUGUUUCUGUACUAUGUUACCAUGGGAAACAGAUUAUGUAUCAAAUGAGUCCUCCCUGAUCUGAUUUCAACAUACUUAUUGUCAUAGCUAAGCUGUCUGUUAGAUUUAUCUCUUCUAUACUGAGAACACACUGUAUUGCUUACGAGUCUAAAAAACAAUUUCUGGAAAUUAAUUUGGUCCACUUUUAUUCUUUUGAAUAAAACUAUUUUACA